AUGCAUGGUGUGGAAGAGAAAUCUGGAGGAAUACAGUUCUGGGAAGGGGAGUUUGAACCACGGAAAGACACUAGCCAAAUUCCUGAAAAACAUUCCAGGGUGGGUUACAAAGCAAGGAGUGACUCUGUAGAGACCUUUGUAGACAUAAACCUAGAUUUUGCUGCUGCUGCUUUUCUCCCUUUUCUCCCUCUGCUUUCUUUUUCCUUGGCGGCUCAGCAGUACCACGGCGAGAAGGGCAUCUCGGUGCCGGACCACGGCUUCUGCCAGCCCAUCUCCAUCCCACUCUGCACGGAUAUUGCCUACAACCAGACCAUCCUGCCCAACCUGCUGGGCCACACCAACCAGGAGGACGCAGGGCUGGAGGUGCACCAGUUCUACCCGCUGGUAAAGGUGCAGUGCUCAGCCGAGCUCAAGUUCUUCCUCUGCUCCAUGUAUGCCCCGGUGUGCACGGUACUGGAGCAGGCCAUCCCACCCUGCCGCUCUCUCUGCGAGCGGGCCCGCCAGGGCUGCGAGGCCCUCAUGAACAAGUUUGGCUUCCAGUGGACAGAGGGGCUCCGCCCCGGGAAAAUCUCCUGCCCCCGGCAGCUCAAGGUGCCCCCUUACUUGGGCUACCGGUUCCUGGGGGAGCGGGACUGCGGGGCCCCCUGUGAGCCAGCCCGGCCCAACGGGCUCAUGUACUUCAAGGAGGCAGAGGUGCGAUUUGCCCGACUCUGGGUGGGCGUGUGGUCUGUGCUCUGCUGCGCCUCCACCCUUUUCACCGUGCUCACCUACCUGGUGGACAUGCGCCGUUUCAGCUACCCAGAGCGACCCAUCAUCUUCCUCUCAGGCUGUUACUUCAUGGUGGCAGUGGCCUAUGCAGCAGGUUUCUUGCUGGAGGAGCGGGUGGUGUGUCUGGAGCGCUUCUCCGAGGAUGGCUACCGUACUGUGGCCCAAGGCACCAAGAAAGAAGGCUGUACCAUUCUCUUCAUGAUCCUCUACUUCUUCGGCAUGGCCAGCUCCAUCUGGUGGGUCAUCCUGUCCCUCACCUGGUUUCUGGCUGCUGGCAUGAAGUGGGGCCAUGAGGCCAUCGAGGCCAACUCCCAGUAUUUCCACCUGGCUGCCUGGGCUGUGCCCGCUGUCAAAACCAUCACCAUCUUGGCCAUGGGGCAGGUGGAUGGGGAUGUUCUGAGUGGGGUGUGUUAUGUAGGUAUCUACAGCGUGGACUCACUGAGGGGCUUUGUGCUGGCACCCUUGUUUGUGUACCUCUUCAUUGGCACUUCCUUCUUGCUUGCUGGCUUUGUGUCCUUGUUUCGCAUCCGCACCAUCAUGAAGCAUGAUGGCACCAAGACAGAAAAACUGGAGAAGCUGAUGGUGCGCAUUGGUGUCUUCAGUGUCCUUUACACGGUGCCUGCCACCAUUGUCCUGGCUUGUUACUUCUAUGAGCAGGCCUUCCGUGGCACCUGGGAGAAGACAUGGCUCCUCCAGACCUGCAAAACCUAUGCCGUGCCCUGUCCCAGCCACUUUGCCCCUAUGAGCCCAGACUUCACUGUCUUCAUGAUCAAGUAUCUCAUGACCAUGAUUGUUGGUAUCACAACUGGCUUCUGGAUCUGGUCUGGCAAAACCCUUCAGUCCUGGCGACGCUUCUACCACAGACUCAGCACGGGCAGCAAAGGUGAGACGGCAGUAUGA